UGUCACUUCCUGCCUGGCUCCUCCCUUGAAGUAAUGGGGGGCCCUGGUCAAGCUCUGCAGUUUGAUCCGCCGUUAAACACCAGCAGCAGCGCUGCAGCGUUGGUGGCCCCUUCUGGGGUCUGCACCUUUCCUGCUCUGCAAGCCUUCGGCCUGGGCAUAGUGAUCCCUGUUUGGCUUCGCUCAUAGAAUAAGUGGACCUGCUCCUUCUGAACGUGGCCUCAGAAGGCAAUUCCCAGAAGCAGAGAAGGGAUGAGGACCCCAUGAAAGGCCAAGAGAUCAAAUAUGGAACAGCAAGACCCAGCUACUCCUGAAGCAGGGCUUGGCCCUGAUGCCAUCAAGACUGAGACCCAUGCGGAGGAAUUCCUGGGGGAAAAUGUGCAGAAGAUCUUGGGGGAGAAUCCCCUCAGCUCAGAUGUGCAGCGCCAGCAGUUCCGGCGUUUCCGUUACCAGGAGGCUGAGGGGCCCCGAGAGGCUUGCAGCCGACUCCACCUUCUUUGCCGUGAGUGGCUGAAGCCAGAGCGGCAUGCAAAGAACCAGAUCGUGGACAAGGUGAUCCUGGAGCAGUUCCUGGCUGUCCUGCCCCCAGAGAUGGAGAGCUGGGUGAGGGAAUGUGGGGCUGAGACGAGUUCCCAGGCAGUGGCCCUGGCAGAAGGUUUCCUCCUGAGCCGGGCAGAGGACGAGAAGCAGGCAGAGCAGCAGGAAAAGGGUCUCUAUGCAGAAAUAGGAACGGAUUUCCCUGAGGCAGAGAGGACUCCAUCGGACCACAGCCACAGGCUUCUGGGUGAUGGAAUCAUAUCAGCAAGACCUAGUAAACCAUUUCCCCUUUCUGGUGGAGGAGAAGCUCUUGCUAUCGCCCCAGAUCAGGAUCCAGUGUCUUUGGAGGAUGUGGCUGUGAAUUUCACAGAAGAGGAGUGGGCUUUGCUGAAUCCUGACCAGAGAGCUCUACAUAGCGAAGUCAUGGGGGGGAUUUGUGGGACUCUGUCCUAUCUUGAAGGUGAUGAAUGGAAAGCCAAGAGGAAGGGAGAACUAUGUGGGCAAGAGAGACGGGAAAGAGACAGAUCUGAAAAGAGGGAAGAGCAGAGAAGGAAACCUGAAGCAGAAGAGAAAAGGAGGGAUAAACCUUGCACUUCUCAGGGCAGUGGCUACCAUAAAACUGCCAUCCGAGAAAAAACAGAUCAAGGAAGAAAAAGAAAUAAAUAUUUUGGUUGUUGGAAAAGUCUGAAUUCUAAAAGAAAAUGUAAAGCCCACUACAAAAACCAAAAAAAGGAGAAACCAUAUCAAUGUUUGGAAUGUGAAAGGAGGUUUAGCUGCAAGGCAAGUCUCAUUUUGCAUCAAAGAAUUCACACUGGGGAGAAACCAUAUAAGUGCCUAGAAUGUGGAAAGAGCUUCAGAUGGAAAACCCAACUCACUUCCCAUCAAAGUAUUCACACCGGAGAGAAACCAUAUAAAUGCUUGGAAUGCGGAGAGAGCUUCAGCUGGAAUCACCAAUUCAAUUCCCAUCAAAGUAUUCACACCGGGGAGAAACCAUUUAAGUGCUUAGAAUGUGGAAAGAGCUUCAGAUGGAAAUAUCAGCUCACUUCCCAUCAACGUAUUCACACUGGGGAGGAAGCAUAUAAGUGCUUAGAAUGUGGAGAGAGCUUCGGUCAGAAGAGAAAUCUGACUUGCCAUCAAAGAAUUCACACUGGAGAAGAACCAUAUAAGUGCUUAGAAUGUGGAAAGAGCUUCAUUUGGAAACAGCAACUCACUGCCCAUCAAAGUAAUCACACUGGGGAGGAACAGUAUAAAUGCUUGGAAUGUGGAAAGAGCUUCAGUUGGAAAAAUCUACUCACUUCCCAUAAAAGUAUUCACACUGGAGGGGAACCAUAUAAGUGCUUGGAAUGUGGAAAGGGCUUCCGUCAGAAGAGACAUCUGACUUGCCAUCAAAGAAUUCACACCGGAGAGAAACCAUAUAAGUGCUUAGAAUGUGGAAAGAGCUUCUCCUGGAAACAUCAACUCACUGCCCACCGAAGAAUUCACACCAGGGAGAAACCAUAUAAAUGCUUAGAAUGUGGAAAGAGCUUCAGCAGGAAAGAACCACUCAAUGACCAUCAAAGAAUUCACACUGGGGAGAAACCAUAUAAAUGCUUAGAAUGUGGAAAGAGCUUCCGUCAGAAGAUAAAUCUGACUUCCCAUCAAAGAAUUCACACUGGGGAGAAGCCAUAUAAGUGCUUAGAAUGUGGAAAGAGCUUCAGUAGGAAAGACCAACUCACUGCCCAUCAAAGUAAACACACUGGGGAGAAACCAUAUAAAUGCUUGGAAUGUGGAAAGAGCUUCAGCUGGAAACAGAGUCUCACUGCCCAUCAAAGUAUUCACACUGGGGAGAAGCCAUAUGAAUGCCUGGAAUGUGGAAAGGGCUUCAGCAGCAAAGAAGCACUCACUUCCCAUCAAAGUAUUCACACUGGGGAGAAACCAUAUAAGUGUUUAGAAUGUGGAAAGAACUUCCGUCAGAAGACAAAUCUGACUUCCCAUCAAAGUAUUCACACUGGGGAGAAACCACAUAAGUGUUUAGAAUGUGAAAAGAGUUUCCGUCAGAAGACAAAUCUGACUUCCCAUCAAAGAAUUCACACUGGAGAAGGACCAUAUAAGUGCUUAGAAUGUGGAAAGAACUUCGGUUGGAAACACCACCUCACUGCCCAUCAGAGUAUUCUCUGUGGGCAGAAGCUGUAUAAAUGCUUGGAAUGUGGAAAGAGCUUCACUAGAAAUUCCUCUCUCACUUUGCAUCAAAGAAUUCACACAAGGGAGAAACCGCAGACUGGGGCGAAACCAUAUAAAUGCCUGGAAGAUGGAAAGAGGUUCAGUACAAAUUCCUUUCUCACUGCUCAUCAAAGAAUAACCAAGAGAUCAAAUAUGGAACAGCAAGACCCAGCUACUCCUGAAGCAGGGCUUGGCCCUGAUGCCAUCAAGACUGAGACCCAUGGGGAGGAAUUCUUGGGGGGAAAUGUGCAGAAGAUCUUUGGGGAGAACCCUCUCAGCUCAGAUGUGCAGCGCCAGCAGUUCCGGCAUUUCCGCUACCAGGAGGCUGAGGGGCCCCGAGAGGCUUGCAGCCGACUCCACCUUCUUUGCCGUGAGUGGCUGAAGCCAGAGCGACGCUCAAAGAACCAGAUCCUGGACCUGGUGAUCCUGGAGCAGUUCCUGGCUGUGCUGCCCCCAGAGAUGGAGAGCUGGGUGAGGGAGUGUGGAGCAGAGAUGAGUUCCCAGGCGGUAGCCCUGGCAGAAGGUUUCCUCCUGAGCCUGGCAGAGGACGAGAAGCAGGAAGAACGGCAGGAAAAGGGUCUCUAUGCAGAAAUAGGAACUGAUUUCCCUGAGGCAGAGAGGACUCCAUCGGACAUCAGGCAAAGGCUUCUGGGUGAUGGAAUGAUGUCAGCAAGACCUACUAAAGCAUCUCCCCUUUCUGGUGGAGGAGGAGCUGUUGCUAUUGCCCCAGAUCAGGAUCCAGUGUCUUUGGAGGAUGUCGCUGUGCAGUUCACGGAAGAGGAGUGGGCUUUGCUGAAUCCUGACCAGAGAGCUCUGCAUAGCGAAGUCAUGGAGAAGAUUCGUUCGACUCUGUCCUGUCUUGAAGAUGAUGAGUGGAAAGCCAAGAGGAAUGAAGAACUAUGUGGGAAGGAGAGACGGGAAAGAGACAGAUCUGAAAACAGGGAAGAGCAGAGAAGGAAACCUGAAGCAGAAGAGAAAAGGAGGAAUAAAUCUUGCACUUCUCAGGGCAGUGGCUACGAUAAAACUUCCAUUCAAGAAAAAACAGCUGAAAGAAGCAAAAGAAGUAAAUAUUUUGGUUAUUGGAAAAGUCUCAAUUUUAGAAGAAAACGCAAAGCCCAUGGCAAAAACCAGAAAGGGGACAAACCACAUAAAUGCCUUGAAUGUGGAAAGAACUUUAGUAGUACUUCCUCUCUCACUUCACAUCAAAGAAUUCACACUGGGGAGAAACCAUAUAACUGCUUAGAAUGUGGAAAGAGCUUCAGAUAUAAGGAAAAUCUAAGAGUCCAUCAAAGAAUUCACACUCGGGAGAAUCCAUAUAAGUGCUUAGAAUGUGGAAAGAGCUUCAGCACGAAACAAUCACUCACUUCCCAUCAAAGAAUUCACACUGGGGAGAAACCAUAUAAGUGCUUAGAAUGUGGAAAAAGCUUGAGCAACAAAACCAUUCUCACUUCCCAUCAAAGAAUUCACACUGGGGAGAAACCAUAUAAGUGCUUAGAAUGUGGAAAAAGCUUCAGAUGUAAGGAAACCCUUGCUGCCCAUCAGAGAAUUCACACUGGGGAGAAACCAUAUAAGUGCUUAGAAUGUGGAAAGAGCUUCAGAUAUAAGGAAAAUCUUAUUGUCCAUCAAAGAAUUCACACUCGGGAGAAUCCAUAUAAGUGCUUAGAAUGUGGAAAGAGCUUCAGCCGGAAAUUCGAACUCACUUCCCAUAGAAGUAUUCACACCGGGGAGAAACCAUAUAAGUGCUUAGAAUGUGGAAAGAGCUUCACCUGGAAAUACCAAUUCACUUCCCAUCAAAGAAUUCACACUGGCGAGAAACCAUAUAAGUGCUUAGAAUGUGGAAAGAGCUUCAGCAUGAAACGAUCACUCACUUCCCAUCAAAGAAUUCACUCUGGGGAGAAACCAUACAAGUGCUUGGAAUGUGGAAAGAGCUUCAGGAGCAAAACCAAACUCACUUCCCAUCAAAGAAUUCACUCUGGGGAGAAACCAUAUAAGUGUUUAGAAUGUGGAAAGUGCUUCAGCAUGAAACAACAACUCACUUCCCAUCAAAGAAUUCACUCCAGGGAGAAACCAUAUAAAUGCUUAGAAUGUGGAAAGAGCUUCAGGUGGAAAAAUCAACUCACUUCGCAUCAAAGAAUUCACACUGGGGAGAAACCAUAUAAACGCUUAGAAUGUGGAAAGAGCUUCAGCACGAAAAAAUCACUCACUUCCCAUCAAAUAACUCACACUGGGGAGAAACCAUAUAAGUGCUUAGAAUGUGGAAAGAGCUUCAGCACGAAAACCCAACUCACUUCUCAUCAAAGAAGUCACACCGGGGAGAAACCAUAUAAGUGCUUAGAUUGUGGAAAGAGCUGCAGAUAUAAGGAAAAUCUUAUUGUCCAUCAAAGAAUUCACACUGGGGAGAAACCAUAUAAGUGCUUAGAAUGUGGAAAGAGCUUCAGUUGGAAAGACCAACUCACUUCCCAUCGAAGUAUUCACACCGGGGAGAAACCAUAUAAGUGCUUAGAAUGUGGAAAGAGUUUCAGCAUGAAAUCCCAACUCACUUACCAUCAAAGAAUUCAUACCGGCGAGAAACCAUAUAAGUGCUUAGAAUGUGGAAAGAGCUUCAGAAUGAAACAACCACUCACUUCCCAUCAAAGAAUUCACACCGGGGAGAAACCAUAUACCUGCUUAGAAUGUGGAAAGAGCUUCAGGUGGAAUAACCAACUCACGUCCCAUCGAAGAAUUCACACUGGGCAGAAAUCAUAGAACUGCUUGGAAUGUGUAAAGAGCUUCAGGAGUAGCACAAGUCUCUAUUCUUAUGAAAAAAUUCAGAAAGGGGGAUAACCAUGUUAUGAGGGGUUGCCAGCCUGUUGCCUGUGGGUAUUUUGGAGCCUGUGGUGACCUUCAGUAGCGUUCCCCAAUGCCCCUGCACUCUGGGAUAUUUGUGAAGAGAUCCUGGCCUUCCUCUGUGUGAUCCUGACCCUCAUACUCUUUUCACACAACACUGCCCUCACCCAGACCCAUCCGCCCUUUCUUUUUAGAGUGAAUUCAUAUAUUCCCAAUCGAUGUCCUCUAAGCAUAAAAUUGGGUGCAACCGUCAUAUUAUUUUUACCACCGUUUUGUGCAAAUCUGGUAUAGUGGGAAAACGUAUUUUUUAAAAAAAAAUAUUCAUGCCUACAAUGGACUUCACGUUUCUAGAGCUUAUGGUGGUCAGGGACGAAGUACUAAUCAAGGGGAGAGAACAACACUUAGUGUGAAUACAUCCCAUGAAGCACAACCAACUAAUGUGGAGGGGAAAGAUAUUUUGGAGACCUAAGUCCCUGGGCCUCCAACAGAUAGGAAAAAGGGUCUGCUUCUAGGAGGACCAGGACUAGCAGGUGGCCCAGACACUUAGCUUUUUCCCCAAAAUUUAAAAAGUUUGUAUGUGGUCUAAAAAAAGAGAUAUAGAUCUGGGAGAUGAGCUAGCCUGCUACUGAAAGUCCCCGUCCCUCCAGGUUUUUAACUAAUGAGUAAAGUCACUCCAGAGAGAGAGAGAGAGAGAGAGACCAGGCUGGAUCUUGGGAGGGGGCCACACUGCUGAACAGCUGCUGCUGCUGCCCUGGUUACACACACACUUUCUCCUCCUUUGCCCCUCACUCUUCUGUUUUAAACUCCAACCAGCAUGUUAACGGGAGAAAGGCUUGCCUCCAGCACGGCAAAAACACAUUAAUUAGAAAUGCUGUACAGUUUGAAGACGAACCAUGAGGGCUUCGCUGGUGGAGCUCUCUGUCGUUUCUUUUUCCACGGUGAACUGGGUGGGAGGGGAAAUUGGCGGGAACUAGCGCUGGGGAGAACCAUGUAAUGUGGAAAGAACUUCAGUACAGAUUCCUUUCUCACUGCCCAUAAAAGAAUUUACGCUGGUAAGAAGUUAUAUGAAUGUUUGGAAUGUGGAAAGGGCUUUAGCUGCAAAAGUAAACUUGUGUCCCAUCAAAGAAUUCACACCACAGAGAAACCAUAUAAAUGCUUGGAAUGUGGAAAGGAUGUGGAUGGGAACGUUGGGGGCCCAGUCUUAUGUAUGGCAUAGUGGGCCCAGGAAAUCCUCCUCCUGAGCUGCUGCUCCCAUCAUUCAUCACAGAUGUGGUGCAGACCAGCACCUUGAUGCUCGUGGACCACAGUUUGGGAAUCUCUGUUCUGGAAGAUGAGUUCUCCCAAUAAGAUAUUUUGGUGUAUUGCUGCAAAAUGUAUGCUAUGUAAAUACUGGCAUUUAGUUAAUGCUAUCUGUGUAUGUCAGGAUCCAGUAGUUAAAGGCUUUUGCAAAGCAGCAACUGGAAGAUGAGGCAAUCCAUUCUGAUUUAGGUAGUUACAGGAGUAGAGCUAUCACUAGGGGAAACUUGAAAUGUGGGAAAUGUUCGUGCUGCCAGUCCACAAGCAUCACAAGUACUGCUCAAGUUUCCUUUAAUUCCAGCCCAGUCUGUGCAAACGUUUUUCCCCACUGGAGUUUCCUGAGCUUUGCUGUGGCCUGACAAUUGCCUGUCACUUCACUGCUGUGGCUUUGCUACCAAACCAUUUCCUUAUAGCUUCCUUAUAUCUUUCCCUAAUGAAUUCUGGCGACUAAUUUGGUGAGGUGCUGAGAAAACUCCUUUUGCGAUCCCAGAAGCUUUGAGGAAAGGUCUGUCAGUUAAAGUGGAAUAGAUCCAGAAUAGCGCUGCUGUGUGGAUAGGCUGUAUCAUCUGUGAAGGGGGCUUAGUGUGACUAUUAUGAAGGGACCUGGCACUUCUCAGAUUGCCACUCCACUGCUGCCCCCAACCCUGCCAACUCAGCUGCCAGCCCACCACCCCAGAGAGAGUGAGAGUGGGGCAGGACUCAAUCUCUGGGCAAGGGACCCUUCUGGGCUCCUCCUGCAUGUGACUGGCCUGCCUUGCAACUCUCGAGUGAGGGGGGCAGCAGCAGCCAUGCAGCUUAGUCCACUCAGCUCCUGGGGGUUGUCAGACCCCGAAGGGAUUCCUCCUCUUGCUGCUGAAUAAGUGGGGCAGUAGCAGCAGAAGGAAUCUUGGAGCACCCAGAGCCCCAGGAGUUGCAAAGUGAGGAAGAAGGUGCUGGAGAGGCCAGGCCCUGGCAGGUGGUGCUCUGAAGGGCCUCUCUGAGCCUGACCUUGCCAUCUUAGCUGCUAACUCAAUGCUCCAGAGAGGGUGAGAGUGGUCCCACCAGAGCUGCUUACAUAUGUGCUGCUUCCUGCAUCCCAGAAAUUGCAUGUUGGGUAAUGUGUGCGUGUGCACAUGAGUUGAGUGAGCUCAUGGGGUUAAGACGUGUCUAUUGGGAACCUGUGUGUGUGAACUUGCCACCCACAUGUCCCAUUAAACACACCUUCAGAGCAGGGGGGUCUUUUCCUAGGGAUAAAACAAACACUUUGCCCUGAAAUGUGCCUAAACAGUAUGUGUAUAACCCAAAAAAUUGCAGAUCUGAGAGGUAGAGGUUAGGCUGAGAGUUGGUUCAGUCAAACUGCACACGUUUGUUUAGCUGCUCUAUCUUUUUAAUGUUAUUUUAAUGUUUACAUGUUAUUUGAUAAUUACAUGAUGAUGGAUUUUGAUCUAUGUAUAACCAUUGUAAAACACUUUGUGAGGGCAGAAACUCUGAAAGGCAGGCUAAACAUCUGUUAAAUAAAUGCAUCUUCAAUCAAGACUGGAUACAAAAUAACUUCAUAUUGGCAAGCGGCAGUUCUUGUCAAUAGAUUGCUGGGAGGUGAGGGCGGAUGGGAACGUAGGGGCCAAUUCAUAUACAGAGUACCGGGCCAGGAAAUCCUCUACCUCCCCUCGAGCUGCUGCUCCCAUCGUUCUUCACAGAUACGCCGCAGACCAGCAGCAUGAAGCUUGCGGACCAGUUGUAGUCCACAGACCACAGUUUGGGAAUCUCUAUUCUAGAGGGAAAGAACUGCAUCUACCAUUACCAGUUUAAACUCUGUAAAUCCAAACACUCAUUGAGAAGUUUGAAUUACCUCCUAAGUAUAACAUCUGCUUGUAAUUCAUAAUUUUAUCAUGAUGAAUCAUCUGUAAAAAUAUUCUCAAAUUCAUUAUAUAUGUCAGUCUUUGGGAAGUUGAGAUUAUGUGUGUAGUGUAGUGUAGUGGUUAAGGUGUUGGACUACAACCUGGGAGACCAGGGUUUGAAUCCCCACACAGCCAUGAAGCUCACUGGGUGACCUUGGGCCAGUCACUGCCUCUCAGCCUCACAGGAAGGCAGUGGUGAACCACCUCUGAAUACCGCUUACCAUGAAAAUCCUAUUCAUAGGGCCACCAUAAGUCAGAAUCAACUUGAAGGCAGUCCAUUUACAUUUUAGUUAGCAUAAUAGUGCUAGAUGGUUGACACAGUCAUUGUACAACUAAGAAAUUACCACCUAAAAGCAACUGCAUAUAUAAAAAUAUUCUUAUCGACUAGAGAAGCACAA